AUGAAUCUCUUUAAGGAGAUCCUGCCUAGACUAAGGAAGAUUCUUUCAGCUGCUGCAGCUUUUGAUGACCAUGCGUUGCUUAACCUCAUGCUGAAAGAAGGUGUGAUAUCCAAGGAGUACCAUCAAGCCUUGCUCCACGAAAAAGACAGAGGUGACCUUGCAAGGAAGAUCUCUCUGACAUUUGUGGAAAAAUGGGACCUGUACUUGAACACUUUGUUUCCCCUCUGUUGUUUAAGCCUCUAUGGCAGUAAGCCUCAAAACAUGAUAGAUAAUGAGCCAACAGGAAGCAAGUACAUUUCUGGCAGCAAGAGACAAAUCAUGGAUUCAGCAUUUGUGUCUGAAAAUGGCUAUCUUGAUUUGCUGCACAGUGAUAUCGAUCCCUUGCAUCUGUAUACUCUCCUCGAUCCUAAGUCAUCUGGAAACGAAGAAGGUGACUUCUCUGCAGAUCCUGAAGUUGAUGCCUGCAACUAUGAGCAGUUGAAUAACAUGGAUUUCCUGUGUACGAUGGAAAAUGGGGAAAAUGGGGAUGAAUUGUAUCUCUGUUCCAACACCAUAGAAGCUUAUGCUAGAAUAGCUGAAUUAGCAGAAUAUGUGCUCAAAGAUCAGCAGGAGAAGCAGGUGGAAGACACUUUUGCAGGGAACCUUAUUUUGGAGGAAAUGGCUGCUGAAAACACCGAGAAAUUUACUGACAUAAAGAUGCAGAAAUGUCACAAACGAACCUUCUUAGGCUCUGCAGAGAGUUGCUCUGAUGCUUCAGAACCCAAAUACAAGAAAAUUGUGGAAGUCCCUGCAGUGUCUGCAGAGAAUGGCAGUUUCUUAGCCAUGCCUCUCAACAGCCAUCCAGCUAGCUCCACCUCACUAACUAACCAGCACAUGUCCUUUUCUGUUCCUGCUACCAAUGCGUUGGAAAGAAGUUUCAUAAUUCCUGGAUCUUCAGCACCUUUGAUUCCAGAGUGUCUACCUGUCGGCAUGAAAGGGAGCCAAGAGAAUAUAGGCUUUGCAGAUCCUCCUCAGCAGAUACUUAACUUUGUUCUUGGAAAUGGCACAUCUGAUGUUAUAAUAUAUCCAGUGCUGACUUCGUCCAUGGAAACAUUGAUGUCCGCAAGUUUUCCAGUUAGUUUAUGUGGUUUAGAAUUGUUCAAAGAAGUCCGAGUUCCCAUAAUUCCUUCUGAAGAACCUUUCAAAAGACCAAAGCCAGUGGAAGCUUUCUGUACGUCACUUAUGGAUUAUUUCCGAGAUGUGUGCAAAUCUGUGGCCAUGGAGCGUGAAGUACCUCUUGAUCACCUGUUUAUUGAGGGGACACUUGUUCAAAGCCAAACUGAAACCAAGACUGGGAAGAAUAGUGUCAAAGCACUUGAAAAGGAGCUGGUAACUUGCAGUCUGCAAGGGAAGGAAAACGCAGCCCUUAAAAGAAGCCAAAUAUUUCAAAUCUCAGGAGGUAAAGAGACUAAAGUGAUUGUGGUACUGGGAAGAAUGGGCAAAAGCAUUCUUGCUCAGAAGAUCUGCCAGGACUGGUCCAAUGGAGAGUUUUCUCAAUUUGAAUUUGUAUUUUGGUUUGACUGCAAACAAAUAAGCUUGCCUGAGAAGCAAUACAGCCUGAAGGAUCUACUUCUUGAAUUUUUUGUAAAACCUCAAAAGGGAAGCAAAGAGAUCUUUGAGUAUAUAUUGCAAAAUCCUGCUAAAGUCCUUCUGAUUUUUGAUGGUUUUGAAGGGCUGCAUGAUCACGAGAAUCUUCCUCGUUGUUCAGCCAGGCAGCCUGAAAAAGACUUGUGCAGUAUAAAAGAGCUGCUUUCAGGACUCAUCCAAAAAAAGAUACUCAAUGGUUGCACUUUAUUACUUACAGCAAGACCAAAAGACAAGGUGUACCAGUAUGUGUCCAAAGUGGAUAAGACUAUUGAAAUAGUAGGAUUUUCCCCUCAGCAAAGAGAAUUGUACAUAACCAAAUACUUCGAAGGAUUAUCCUACUGUGAUAAUGCACUGAAAUUAAUCAAAGAGUGUGAGUACUUGUUCAGUCAUUGUUACAACCCUAUUAUGUGUAGAUUUGUUUGUUUUGUCUGUGAGACUGUACUUGAAAUGGGAGACAAAAACCUUCCUUCAACUCUUACUACAGUCUUCCUGAAACUUGUUCAGCAAAAGAUAACACCUAUGCAAACAGAUGUAGCAGCCAUGCAAAACCAGGAGAAUCUGGCUACACUAGCCCGUAUAGCCUGGUAUCUUGGAGAAAAGCACCAAAGUGCCAUGAAAAGUUAUCUUCCUUCUAAGGAAGUUAAAGAGUUUGCUCUGAAAUACGGAUUUUUCCUGCCGUUUGCAUUCCCCAGACAUUCAGAUAGUGAAGAAGAGGAAUUUGGGAGCACAUUCUCCGAUUUUGUCAUUCAGAAUUUCUUGGGUGCACUUCACCUUAUGUUAGCAGAAGAGAUCAAGGAUAAAAGUCUAACAAAGUACCUGUCUUUUCCAUCCAAGAAGAAAAAACCUUAUAACUGGUUAGACUUAGUGCCUCGAUUUUUGGCUGGAUUGUUGUUCCUCCAGGAUGACCCCUACUUCUGCUCCCUUUCAAAUAAGGAUGUAAAACAAUCAACCAAGAAGCAGAAAACACUCUUGAAAUAUAUUAGAAAGCUGCAGAUAAAUGAGCUCUGUCCGGAGAGGUUACUCGAGCUUUUACAUUGUAUUUAUGAAACGCAAAGCAUUUAUCUUUUGCAGCAUGUGGCCUUAAGGCUCAAGCCAGACCUGUCUUUUCUGGACGUAGUUCUUACACCGCCUGAUGUCCAUGUACUGCAUUCUAUUUUAAAAACAUCAAGAAAAGAGUUUUCCUUGGAUUUGCGAAACAGCAGCAUUGACAUGCAAGGGCUAAAAGACUUGGUUGGCCUAAAGAACGUGGCAUCGUUCAGGGCCUCCCUCAGCAAUACAGUCAGGCUCUGGAAAUCUUUAGAACAAACAAAAGACUAUGAACUGCUGAGAGCAUCAACAGAGAAAUUUGUUCUUGAUCCCUUUAAGGCAAAGACAAUGAAGGACGUCAGUGACCUUUCAGACCUUGUCGAGAUGCAGGAGAAGAUGAUCAAUUGUGUGCAAGAUGCAUCUGGUUGCAGCAGCUAUGAAAUUCCUGCCAUCAAAAACCUCAGAAAACUAGAAUUUGCGCUGGGUCCAGCAUGUGGCCUGCAGGGAUUCCUAAAACUCGUGGAAAUUCUUGCAGCAUUUCCAUCACUUCAGCAUUUAGAGUGA